GGCCGCUCGCCCGCCCGCUCGCCCGACGACCGCCGAGCCGUUUCCCCGCGGCAGGCAGGCAGGCAGGAGGAGGAGAGGAGAGGAGGAGGAGGAGGCAGCGGCAGCCAGGCGCCCUCGCAGAAGCCGCCGCAGAGCCGGCGCCCAGUGGAGCGGCGCGGCGCGGAGGAGGCCCCCGCCUCGCCGCCCUUCUUCCUUCCCCCAGCCCGGCCGUCUCCCCGUCGUGCCGAGAGCCGCCCGCCAUUAGCGCUGGGAGCCGGGGGGUGCCGCCGGGCUCUCGGCCGCGCCGGGCCGGGCCGGGCCGGGCGACGAGUGGGAGGAGCAGCCCCGUCCGCCGAGGGUCCGCUCCCCGUUUGAUGGAUCCCCGGAUCGCCUGGUUCCAGCCAGAGCAGCUCGGCCCCUCGAACCGCCUGUGGAUGCAGAUUUGGGAGACCACGCAGGGGGUCCGCAAUCUCUACUUCCAGCAGCAGCAGCAACAGCAGCAGCAGCAGAGCGCCUCCGCGCCCGCGCCGCCGCCCGCCGCCGCCCCCACGCCCGCCGCCGCCGCCGCGCACCCCGGGGUCGGNGCGUCCUCCGCCUCGCCCGCGGCCGUCGCCGCGCCGCCGCCCCCCGCCGCCGCCCCGGAGCCCUCCCACCCCGCCGGCCCCUCGGCCUCGAGCAGCUCGGCGGCCAGCAACAAGAGGAAGCGGGACAACAAGGCCAGCACCUUCGGCCUCAACUACACGCUCCUGCUCGGGCCCGCCGGGGAGAGCGGCGACCCUGCGCCGGGGGACGGCCCCCUGGGAAGGCCGCAGGCCGGCCCGGACGAGCCCGCCUACACCGGCACCCCGUGGAAGAAGACGAAUUACAGCCAAGGAGUGGUGGGUCUUCAUGAAGAGAUCAACGACUUCUACAAAUACAUGUCUCCCAGACCUGAAGAAGAAAGGAUGCGAAUGGAAGUGGUGAAUAGGAUAGAAAACGUCAUAAAGGAGCUGUGGCCUAACGCAGAUGUGCAGAUAUUUGGAAGUUUUAAGACUGGUUUAUAUUUACCCACUAGUGAUAUUGACUUAGUUGUGUUUGGAAAAUGGGAGACGUUGCCUCUGUGGACCCUGGAAGAGGCUCUUAGGAAGCACAAUGUAGCAGAUAAAGGUUCAGUAAAGGUUUUAGACAAAGCAACUGUACCAAUCAUUAAACUGACUGAUUCCUUCACUGAAGUCAAAGUUGAUAUCAGCUUUAACGUACAGAAUGGAGUAAAAGCUGCUCAUCUCAUCAAAGAUUUUAUCAAGAAAUAUCCUGUAUUGCCAUAUCUAGUUUUAGUAUUGAAACAGUUCUUACUGCAGAGGGACCUCAAUGAAGUAUUCACAGGUGGAAUUGGAUCCUAUAGUCUUUUUUUAAUGGCUGUCAGCUUCCUCCAGCUACACCCCAGAGAAGAUGCCUGUACCCCCAACGCCAACUACGGUGUCCUUUUAAUAGAAUUUUUUGAAUUGUAUGGGCGCCAUUUCAACUACCUGAAAACAGGAAUUCGAAUAAAGGAUGGUGGUUCCUAUGUGGCCAAGGAGGAGGUGCAGAAGAAUAUGCUAGAUGGCUACAGGCCGUCCAUGCUCUACAUUGAAGACCCGCUGCAACCAGGUAACGAUGUCGGAAGAAGUUCCUACGGUGCCAUGCAAGUAAAGCAGGCCUUUGAUUAUGCGUAUGUUGUUUUGAGCCAUGCAGUGUCACCCAUAGCUAAAUAUUACCCCAACAAUGAAAGCGAAAGUAUAUUAGGAAGAAUAAUCAGAGUGACGCAAGAAGUGGCAACGUACAGAGACUGGAUAUCGAAGCAGUGGGGGAUGCAGAACAGCACGGAGACGUCGUGCAACGGUAAUGGGGUGACCUUGAUAGUAGAUAACCAACAGUUAGACAAAUGCAACAAUAACCUUUCUGAAGAGAGUGAAUCUCUAGGGAAACCUCGAAAUAAAACCUCGGAGACACCAAGCAAACACUCAUCAAAUUCUUCGUCAGGUCCUUUGUCAUCGUCAUCUUCCACGCUUUCCAGUUCCAGUGAUGUAGAGUCUGAUGGAACACCAUGCAAAACCUCUAAACAGCUGGGCUGCCGCCAGACUACAGCAAACAGAAUGGCAACUCAGGACAUCUCUUCACUGGGAUCCACACAGUUGAGUGGGAAAAUUCCAAGCAGCCAAACAGUGAAUACAGCCAAUGUUGCAAACAAACCCCAGCAUGGAUCCACGCGGUUAUUUCGCUCUUGUUCCAACAAAGGCUUCCAAGGCCCGGGAAAUGCAAGCCAUGGCACCUCGGUGAUGAACAAGCAGCACCAAGGUAGCAAAAUGCACCAGUUAUGCCAAGGCAAAAAGAGGAAGCACAAGCGGGACGCAGGCCUUUCGGACCUUUGUAGAUAGCCUUCCUGUCUCACAGUUUGGACUGUUCUUCUGUGUGCAAUGAUCCUAUGCUACACGAAUAAGUUUGGACAGUGAUUCCCCAGUUCUCCUCCGGAAUCUCAAGACUGUUGAAACAUUGAUUAGCGACACAUUUAGUUUUUUUCCAGCUCGCCACGGAACAGAUCAUGGAGACUGAUAACUGCAAAAAAAGGGGGGGGGGAGGGGAGAAGGCCACUCAACCAGUAAGUCAUAUGCUACAACAGGGUUGUUUAGGAUAUAAAAGCUUGAAUGUAAAAUAAAUAUCUCCCAUCAGCCUUUAUGCUGACCUGUAGGGGUAGUACUCAGUGUGUUUAAGGGGUUGGUAAUAAAUGGAAAUAAAAAAAGAAUAAAAUGAAUAAAAAGUGAAAAAAAGUAUUUUGAGGGAACCCCAAAGUUCAAAGGAGAGUAAAUUCAUGCAUGAUAAUUUUAAAAUUAUUUUUGCAUAUAUUUACCAUUUUAUUGUGUAUCUAUAGAUGACCAUAUAGGAAAAUUGACAUUUGUAAUAGUGGAUUUGUUAAUACUUUUUACAUAACAUUACCGUUUAAAUUGUAGAAACAACUUUUUUCUUUCCUUUUCCCUCAGGAUUAGUUGGUUUUUUGUUUGUUUGUUUUUUUAAAUUGAAUUGUCCGCUGAACAUCAGACAAAUGUAGUGAGUAACAUGGCAAUGAAUUGUGAUUUUCCUUUUAGCAUUGAAAUAAUUUAAUAGCACAUUUAUGUGUCUGCACAAAUUGCUUCUCUGAAGAAAAAAAGAGACGCUGGGUAAGGACUUGUUUAUAAAGUGUACAAAUACAUCCUGUGUCAACUCUGAUCUUGUAUCCCUCUCUUGGGAGGAAAAAUGAACUUUCCACCUUGUUUCUAAGUGCCAUCAUCUCAGGCAAAGGGGUAUUCCAGGUUAGUUUUCAUCAAAAAUCUUGGUUUCUUUCUUUCUUGCCCCCCCCCUCCCUCCCUCUCCCUCCCUCUCUCUCUCUUAAAUAGGAAUCCAAGCUACUAAUUGUGGGUGGGAGGGGGCAUACUUUGCAGCAUUGCGGGAAAACAAUUCAAAUUUGUUGGCGAUGUUUAUAUUUUGGGACUUCCUCUAAAUCCUAUGCCUUUUUAUUAUUUUGGUGCCCUUCAUCUCCAUCUCUUUUCUCCUUGUUUUCCUUUUCGCAAUUUUGUAUUACUUUUCUUUAAUAAACAAACCGACACUUCGAAGGAGAAAUGGAACUGUUAAGGCAGUUGAACAAAAAUUACCCAAGUGUUAUCUCAUUCCCUUUCAGAAAUUUUUAAUCCACCCUUAUGUGAAUUAAGUUAUCUUCAAUAAUGGAAAGAAAUUUGUAUUGCUGUCUAUAAAGAGCUGAAAUCUUUCAUAUCCAACUAUUUCCUCAUUAAAUUCUCCCUCCCACCCUGCCUCUUAAAAUCUUUGAACAUUUCC